CAGAGUUUAAUACUUUAAUGUAAGCUGCAAAACCAACGAAUACAAUCUUGCAUCUACAUAUAUAUAUAUUUCUCAACAUAACAACCUUCAAUAAUCCUUCUCUUCGAUCACGCCAUCCACUUAUAAGGUUUGUCGACCCAUUUCGAUAAAUGGAGAGCGUUGUUUGUAAUGGAAAAUUCGAGCUCAAGAUUAAGCAAGAUGAGCCUACAAGAGUUCCACCAGUGGAGGAAACAGAGAAAGGGCAUCACUUCUUGUGCAACUUAGACCAAAAUUUAGCUGCUAUAAUUAAGACAAUUCACCUGUACAAGUCUCCAGAUAAGGGAAAUGAAGAUGCUGCAAAAGUUAUCAGAGAAUCGCUUUCUAAGGCUCUUGUGCAUUUCUACCCUCUUGCAGGGAGACUAACCAUCAGUCCGGAGGGUAAAUUGAUUGUUGAUUGCACGGGAGAAGGACCGCCUUUUGUCGAGGCAGAGGCAAAUUGCUCAGUGUCAGAGCUGUUGAGCAUAGCUAGUGUUGAUCCCAUGGUCCUAAAGAAUCUUGUUUAUGAAGUUCCUGGUGCUAAAAACAUCAUUGAGACUCCUGUUUUUACUGUUCAGGUGACAAAGUUCAAUUGUGGAGCCUUUGCAGUAGGCAUAGGCAUGAACCAUUGCAUGGCUGAUGGCAUUUCUGGAGUAGAAUUUCUCAACUCAUGGGGUGAAAUAGCACGAGGAUUACCCCUAAGCACCCCUCCCUCUUUAGACAGAACGAACCUCAAGGCACGUGAUCCACCACAGAUCGAUUUCCCCCAUAACGAAUUUGUUGAUAUUGAGGACAUAUCAAAUACCCAUGAUCUUUACGAAGAAGAAGAAAUGGUGUACAAAGCCUUUCCUUUCAACACUGAGAAGCUAGUGAGACUCAAGGAAAAAGCCUUAGAAGGCGGAGUUUUGAGCAAGUGCACCACUUUUGAGGCAUUAACAGCUUUGGUGUGGAGAGCUCGAUGUAAAUCCCUGAAAAUGCAUCAUGAUCAACAAACAAAGCUCCUUUUUGCAGUUGAUGUACGGUCUAAAUUGAACCCUAAUCUGCCAAAGGGGUUCUUUGGUAAUGGAAUGUUUCUGACUAACGCACUGUGCAAAGCAGGGGACCUUCUGGAUAGCCCUUUGUCACACGCGGUGGAGUUAGUUCAAGGAGCAGUUAAGGUAGUUACUGACAGUUACAUGAGAUCUUCCAUAGACUACUUUGAGAUGAAAAGAGUUAGGCCAUCUAUAAACGGUACACUAGUGGUCACAGCUUGGUCUAGACUAGAUUUACUUUCCGCCAAUUUUGGAUGGGGAAAGACGAUUUACAGUGGACCUGCGGACGUGCCUGGAAAAGAGGUGGUGUUGUUUCUUCCAAGUGGAGAAGAUAAGAGAAGCAUAAAUGUGCAUCUUGAGAUGCCGAUCUCUGCUAUGAAAACCUUUGAAUUAGAAAUCAUGCAGAUUUAACAAGUAGAAAUUUAUUGCAAGGUUUAUAUGUAUGUUUGUAUUGAGCUAAUAUUUACAUACACUGAAUACGGAUUUUCUGUUGUCAAUCUACAAUAUAUCCUUUAGCCACUA